CCCGGCCCCUUGGCCCGCCCGCUCACCCGGCGGAAGAGGAGCAGGAGAAGCGGCAGCGCCGUGCGGGGCACGGCAAGGACACGGCAAGGGCGCCCGGGAGGCUCCCCGCGGCCAUGACAACCUCCAAACCCCUGUCCCGCUUUUGGGAGUGGGGCCGGAACAUCGUGUGCGUGGGGCGCAACUACGCCGAGCACGCCAAGGAGAUGGGCAGCGCCCUGCCCGCGGAGCCGCUCUUCUUCCUCAAGCCUUCCUCGGCCUACGUGCGGGAGGGGUCCCCCAUCGUGCGGCCCUACUACUGCCGGAACCUGCACCACGAGGUGGAACUGGGGGUGGUCAUCGGGAAGAGGGCCCGGGCCGUGCCGCAGGACGCGGCCAUGGAGCACGUGGCGGGCUAUGCCCUGUGCUUGGACAUGACGGCCCGGGACACGCAGGAGGAGUGCAAAAAGAAGGGGCUGCCCUGGACCUUGGCCAAAGGGUUCGGCUCAUCCUGCCCGGUCAGUGACUUUGUGCCCAAGGAGAAGAUCCCAGACCCGCACAAGCUGCAGAUCUGGCUCAAGGUGAACGGAAAGCUGAGGCAGGAGGGGGAUACCUCCUCCAUGAUCUUCUCUAUCCCUUACCUGAUCAGCUACAUUAGCCAGAUAUUUACCCUGGAAGAAGGGGACUUGAUUCUGACGGGGUCUCCCAAAGGAGUUGGGUCCGUGGAGGCCAAUGAUGAGAUAGAGGCUGGCAUCAGGGACGUGCUGUCCAUGAAGUUCAAGGUGGCACAGCAGACACGGGGAUCCUAAUGCAUGGAUCCAGCCAGGAGCCUGCCUGGCAUGAGGACAUCUGGGAAAUGAACACUUCCAUGCCCCCAGGUGCCCAAUGGUCUGCCACAUAUCAAAGGCACGGAACCCAGGACCCCAGAAGGCAUUUCACUGACACAGCCCCAUUUCCAUGGAGGCUUCAGCAAACUUGGAGUCCAGCCCAGCCUGGAGCAGGUGGUGCCCAGAAGCUCCAGAUUCCAAAACCGUACCUGGGAACUGGCAAUAGAGACAUUGGGGAGGGGAAUGGGGCUGGUCAUCCUUCUGUGCGUGCUUCUCUUCUGCUGAUGCUUUGAGCUUUUCCAGUGUAUUGCCUUAAAACAAAAACUGUUGAUCAAAACAAUUCAAAUGAUGAUGCAGGAGCUAAAGCUUGACCAUACUGUGGGAAAUCAGAGAUGUAUGUGUAGAUGUGCAACCCUAAAUCAAGAAUUGCAGCUUCACAAAGAGUUUCUCUCCUCUACAAGAGAAAGAUGUUUGAUUUUUUUGAUUAAUUUCAUUAUUCCCCCCUGCUUUUUUCAAACAUACAAAUUAAAGGAGGAUGGCUUUUCCUCCCACUCCAAGGGGCGAAGGCAGCAGGAAGUGUGCCAGAUGUUUGGCAGAUUGGUUUUUGUCCUCAACUGAGCUUUAAAUAUGUUCUGAAAUAAUGAAAAUAAUGCAAAAAGAUCAAGAAUAAAGGAGCAUAUGGGUAAAGAUCAUCA